AUUUGCAGAAUCGGCGCAGUGAGGAGACGCAUUACCUCUCAGAAAGUAUAAAUUUCAGUGAGACGGGAAAAAGUUGGCUUGCAUUUAGUGUGAGCCCGCAGAUUCUCCUUCGUCAUUUUGCUAUGUGCAGUGAGGUUGGUGUGAUCGGGAGAGCAACCACAUCCGAUUAGCAAGGAAAUCCUGCUGAAGGGAAGAAGAGAAUCCUCCGGGGGGCAGCAAAAUGGCACUCAGCCUUACGACUGUGCUCAAACUGUACAACACAGUAAUUGAUGAUGUCAUCAGUGGCGUAAGGGAUGCCUUCCUAGAUGAGGGAGUUGAUGAACAGGUACUGCAGGAGCUGAAGCAAAUUUGGACAAAUAAACUCCUUGCAAGCCGGGCGGUUGAAGUUGUGCCGGACAAUCCAGAUCCACAGCCACCACCUAAUGUGGCCAGUGGUGUGAAAUCAGGAUCAAAUUCAAAGUCAAAUCACAAGAAUCCACAAUCAAAUGGAACAAAAUCCAAGGCAUCGAGACCAUCACAGCAACAACAGCAGCAGCAGCAGCAGCAACAACAACAGCAACUCGUGCAGGUGAAGGAGGAGAAUGGCAGUCCACCGGCAUCAACGACCCUUGCGGGGCAGUCGUUUACAAGCCAAAAUGGUAGCAGUACAGCUGCCCAAAAGGCCCCAAUAGCGGCCACAACGACAGCCGCAACAACAUCACAGCCACAGCAAACAUCGACAUCCGUUGUGGCGGGAUUGGAUCCCAAUAAACUGAUUCCGGUGCAGAUUACGCUGCCGGCUCAGGCGGGAGUACCCAAUUCAGAGCCACGUGUCCUCACCAUUCACAUGCCGGCAUCAGCACUGCAGGAAAAUCAGCUGCAUCAGAUGCUAAAUGGGCCCAUUAUAUCGUCCAUCAUGAGCCUACCACCGCAAAUUGCGUCGUCAGUAUUGCAGCAGCAUGUCAAUUCCACGCUUCAAAAUCAAACAAUGGGCUCAAUAUCAAUACAGAAACAACUGGAUGGAGCAGCAGAUACAUCAGAUGAGGAUGGGAGUGACGUGAGCGAUGACGACAACAUGGAUGGCGAUGAUGACGAUCCGGAUAAUGAUCCAGACGAUGCCGAUGGCGAUGGGGGCCCAGAAGAGGAGCCGCUUAACAGUGAAGACGACGUAACGGACGAGGAUGCGGCGGAUCUCUUCGACACAGACAACGUCGUCGUGUGCCAGUAUGAUAAGAUCACAAGAUCACGGAACAAAUGGAAGUUCUAUCUCAAGGAUGGUAUUAUGAAUAUCGGUGGGAAGGACUAUGUUUUCCAAAAGUCCAACGGAGAUGCAGAGUGGUAAGCUAAAAAAAAAAUAAAAA